AUGGACCAUGCACACGCUGCGGUAUCAAAACCCGGCAGGAUCUCGCAUGGAAAGCAGGCUGCAUGUCUCAACUGCAGAAGAAGCAAGAUCCGAUUCCCUAGUCACCACGUGGGGAGGCAGAAAGGUGUCAAGAAUAAGCGCACAGGCCUGGAAAAGGCACUAUACCAAAUAGAACAAGCCAUCAAGCGCCCCAGGGGUCCAGACGCGGCUGCAUCUGAUGCUGCCCAUAAGGUCAUCUCAAACCUGCAAGAACUGCUCGGCAAGGCACAAGACCAGCAGCAAGUCUCGCAUAGCGAAACGGAUGACUUCUCAGAGAAUCAGGACCAAACCCACAGCCUUCCUUCCCCUCGUGAACAGGAAGAUAGUCUAGCUCUGGAUGACGCGGAGAAUCCUUUGCAGUUGCUCGCGAGAGCUUCUGAUCUCCAACUAUCACCAGCUGAGACGCGAAAAGUCCCUGCUCCUUUACAGCAACAGCAGGCAAUAUCCAGGACCCAAGGUCAUAAUUCAUGUGCAAAUUCCUUUUUCGUUCCUGUGCGAGCUAGUCGGGAUGUUGGUCCGGAAUUGGAUCCCAUAGAGUUGGGGCUUGUCACGGUGGAAGAAGCGGAAUCGCUCUUUUCUUUCUUUUACCAGAACCUAGCACAUACGCGAUGGGGACUCGAUCCUCUAAUUCAUACAGUGUCGUUUGUACGCGCUCAGUCUGCGUUCCUUUUCACAUCGAUCCUGGCUGCAACUACUCUUUUCUUGUCAUCUGCUGCAGCUUUAUCUAAAAGACUGUUCAGACAUUGCAGAUAUUUGGCAAACAUAGUCGCCGUACAGCGACAUAGGUCAGUCGAGAUAGUCCUGGCAUUUAUGGUCAACGUUCCAUGGAUGGCCCCGGGAAACUGUUUAGGCGACGAUGAUGCCUGUGCUUACAUCGCGAUGGCUCUGACAGUUGCACUGGAUUUGUCUCUCAACAAAAUUGUUGUUCCUUCAUCGAGCUUUGACAACAGCUUUCUGAAAAGACAAGCCAAGGCUGAUUGCAUUGACGCGAAGAGAGCACUGCAUAUGGAUGGCUUCGACGAUGUGGAUGCCGGAUCUGAAUGGGGUCGACGAUUGUUGCGACGACGAGAGAGAGCUUGGAUUGCACUGUUCGUUUUAGAGCGAGGAGUAUGUCUGGCCCGUGGGCGAAGCUAUACUGUCCCGCCAACAACCCUUGUUGAAAAUUGUGAUCAUUGGCAUAUCUCAGACAUUGCAGACUCGCGAGACGGUCCCAUGAACUCAAUGGCCGCCCUAAGGAGAAACCUGGACGAGAUAUUUAGGAAAGUCAAAUCCAACUGCGACAAUUACCAAGUUGUCGAUAUAGGACCCGAGGCAGCUCAAUCAAUCAAGACAAUGAUCGAAAGUUUCUAUGACCGUUGGUAUGCAACAUGGGCGCCGGCAAUUGGAGAAGGUCAAUCACUCUCGCUUCCACCAUAUGUUGACAUAUUGGUCACCCAUACCCGGUUGUCGACCUACGCUGGCGUUAUCAACCAUCCUACAGCGCCAAUAGAAGUUAAGCGAUUUUUCCGCGCUGCUGCCCUUUCCUCUGCGUUGAAUGUUCUGCGGGCUGCCAUCCAGGGAGAGGCACGUCUGAAGUCGAUGCCAAAUAACACCGUGAUCAUGAUCUCCUUUGCUGCUUGUUCAGCACUUAGCCUUAGUGUCACGCCAGGUGACAGCAGGUCUAGCUUGGCCCCAAGCGUGCGAAAUUCAAUCGAGGAAACUGCAGGCGUGCUAGAGCGCAUUGGUGCUACCCCCAGUCAUCGUCAUGGAGCUUCUGUUCUAUAUGGAAGAUUCUUACGGGAGCUGAUCCGGCGUGCGCCUGUGGGAUCGAGGUCUCAAAACCACUUCGAUCAACGAAGAGCAAUGGGGUCCACGGAGGCGCUGCAGCCCAUGUCUUCCUUAGAUGUAUAUGACCCCAUAGUCACAACUGCUCAACCAUCGGCCUCGCCAUCUCUACUUUGGAUGGAGCCUCUGCAGUUCUCUGCGAUGUCUGACGACCAGAUCAUUGAUGCUGUGAACCGAGCCGGCACAGCAUUUGGCACUACCGUUCCUGACGUCCCAUUUGAUGACAUGUUGCGAUGGGAUUGGUUGGAUUUCGCCAACAAUGGUUCGGAUUUCAAUCUAUAA